AUGGCUCUUCAACAGGAUGGUGGAGAAGGAUUCGAAAAAUUUUUUCUCCCCAUUGCUGCAGUUACCUCCGAGGCAGCAGCUGUAGCUGCCGAGCAGGAAGCGCUUGACAGAGAAGCGCCAACUCUUGAACAUCGUCUACGUGCCACGAUGGGCACUGGUUCGCCUGAAGAGGAAGUUCUCAUGCGACGAUGGUUUCAACUAGUUUCUCGGCGCAAUGCCCUUGUUCAUCGCGCCUAUCAGCUCUCCAUUAUGGAGAAGGAAUCCGAUCUGGAGCGAACUACAGCUCUCCUCAACGCCGAGCUGAAUGAACUUAUGGCAAAAGACGACAGCCAGAAGACAGCAGAAGACCGAGCUCGGGAAGAACUGUUAUUGCGUGAGGUUGUGGAAGUGGUCAAUGAGCGCAACGAAAUCGUUCAGGAGUUGGAUUAUCAAGAACAGGCCUUGGUGAAUGAGGUUGAACUCGGUCUUCGAACAGACGCGAUUACUCAGCAGUCCUUCCGAUCUAUUUCUGGAGGUGGCGGCGUCGGCGCCGGCGGCGGCAGCAGUGUCGGUGGAGUAGUGUCUGACGCUACUCGUGCUUGUACCAUCCAGUGA